UGUGUGGGCAGGAGGAGCGCUGGAGGAAUUCGGAGUGUGGUUGGACCAAUGGCAGGCUUAUUUAUUGGAGCCAAUGAGAUGAUUUAUGCUCAGUGGGGGAAAACAUGCUUUCUCCCAUCCGUUAGGCUGAAGCAGAUCAACUCGAGAGCAGAGUGAUUACUGCUAAGCAUGAGGAGCAAGAGGGCAUAAAACUCAAAGUACGGCAGCUUUUCCAUCCAUUUUGCACCAAAAAGGAACACAAAGUCUCAACUUCUACGACUUUUGAUGGGUCACCACAUCAUGUCAACCGGCAACUACCAACUAUGACCUGCCUCCCACUCCCCAGCUGCAAUUAAAGCAUGUAGAUACACCGGGAUCUGCGAGGUCCUGCAAGAGUGUGGAGAUAUUGCGAAAGCAGUCGCGGAGUCAGAGUGUGGCUCAGGCCAUGGAGGAGAGCUAUGAGGUGGACCUGGUCUACAUCACGGAGAGGAUCAUCUCCGUCUGCUUCCCCGCCGCCGCCGACGAACGCACCUACACCACCAACCUCAAGGAGGUGGCGACGAUGCUGCGGUCCAAACAUGGCGAGCACUAUCUGAUCCUCAACCUGAGCGAGUGGAGGAGCGACUUAUCAAGUUUGAACCCGAAGGUUGUGGAGUUCGGCUGGCCAGACCUCCAUGCACCGGCGCUGGACAAGAUCUGCAGCAUGUGCAAGGCCAUCGACACGUGGCUCAACGGAGACCCGCGCAACGUGGUGGUGCUGCACAACAAGGGCAACCGAGGUCGAACGGGGGUGGUGGUGGCUGCGUACAUGCACUACAGCAACAUAUCCGCCAGCGCCGACCAGGCGUUGGACCGGUUUGCCAUGCGGCGCUUCUACGAGGACAAAGCGCUUCCUGUGGGCCAGCCGUCGCAGAUAAGGUACGUGCGAUACUUCAACGGCCUUCUUUCCGGACACAUCAAAAUCAACAACAAGCCUCUGUUCCUGCAUCACGUCAUCAUGCACGGCAUCCCCAACUUUGAGUCCAAAGGAGGCUGCCGUCCUUUCCUGAAGAUCUACCAGGCAAUGCAACCCGUCUACACGUCGGGAAUAUACAACGUGCAAGGAGACAGCAACACGAGUAUCUGCAUCACGAUUGAGCCCGGCCUGCUUCUCAAGGGAGACAUCCUGUUGAAGUGCUACCACAAGAGGUACAGGAACUCCACCAGGGACGUGAUGUUCAGGGUGCAGUUCCACACCUGCGCCAUCCACGACCUCGGGGUGGUGUUCGGGAAGAACGAGCUGGACGAGACCUUCAAAGGUAACGGCUCUGCGGAUGAGAGGUUCCCAGAGUACGGCAAGGUGGAGUUUGUUUUCUCAUAUGGACCAGACAAAAUCAAAGGCCUGGGCCACCUGGAGAACGGGCCGAGCGUCUCCGUGGACUACAACACCCAGGACCCUCUGAUCCGCUGGGACUCGUACGAGAGCUUCAGUCAGCGCUGCGAGGAAACCGCGGACGGCGAGCACGAUGUUGGUCACACCCAAGGUCCACUUGAUGGAAGCCUAUAUGCCCGGGUCCGCAAGAAAGACUCCCUGGAGGGAGUGGUCACCAUCAACGGCCUCCCAGUCCAUGAAAACCCCUUGACCAAUGCCGAGAACCCGUUACAACAACCCAGUCAUCCGCUCCAAACCGCUGACCAGACCCUUCCUGUGACAGGCCACGCCUCCCUCCCUGCCGUCGAUCACACCCUCUCCGUGAGCAGCGACUCGGGCAACUCCACCGCAUCCGUCAAGACCGAUCGCACCGAUGAGCACAGCCAGUCCGUGCAGGGUGCCGUGAACCACACCAACCCAACAGCGGCCCACCCGCCGCUCAGCCCGCAGGAGAAAAGAGAGCUGGACCAGCUUCUGAGUGGCCUCGAAGCACCGACUCACCAACGACAAGCCUACCUGUCCACGUCCACCAGUCCAGGAGGAGGUGUCCGACACUUGGUCCCAGCGCAGGUGCACGUCAACGGGGGCCACACCAGGCUAGUUGCCGCCCCUUCGACGGAGGAGCGUGAGACAGAAAUUCUAGACGACGAGCUGCCAAACAGCCAAGAGGGCAACAGUGUGGACAGCUUGGGUACGCUCUCAUCCCUGGAGGGCCAGGCGGCACCGGCUGACCACUACUACCAAUCGCAGACGCCCGCCAGCAGGCAGAACGACGGACCCUACCUUGAGAGAGUGGUUCUUGGGGAAAAGUUGAGCGAGAUGCCCGUGCAUGGAGUACGAACGCCAACGGCGAUGCUAGAGAGGUCCGUGGACGCUGCGUCGCCACAGGGGGGAUACAACGACUACGAGAACGGAGGAGGGAUUUACCGUUCACAGUCUUUUGGGAAUCCGCCAGCCGGCAGCCCUGAGACCAACCCGAAACUGAUGCCCAGGGCUCCAGAGAGGAGCACCAGUAGCCGGGAGGCUGUUCAAAGAGGUCUCAACACCUGGCACCAGUAUAGCCUCCCAGAUGAUCCCUUUGGCCCUCCUCUUCAAUCAACCCAUAGCUUGCCCCACUUCCCCACCUCAGCCUCGCAGCGGGACAUCGAGCAGUCCAUUGAGGCGCUCAACAUGCUCAUGCUCGACCUGGACCCAAUCAACUCCCACAUGUCCAAAUCCCACAGUGCGCCUCCUGGGGAGGACGGCCUCAGUUCGUCCCAGGCGCCCUUCUCGCAGACCCUCGCAAGACCCUCAUACCAAGCAGACUCUGCCAUCCAUGGGUACAACGACUCCGGGUCCGUCAACAACUCCUUUAAUCAGCCCCUACGGUCGACUGGGAGAGCCAACCAGAGCCCCCUCACGGAGUCCCCGGUCUAUUCUCCCCAGAGGUCCAAUGCCGGCUACCAACACCAAAACACCACCCCAACACACACCCCAGAGCCCUACCCACACACACGCCAAGCAGCCCAUAAUUACCACACAGAUCCCUCCCCUAAUUUCAACCAGCAGGUGCCAGCGAAGCCUGUGAUCUCGUACCCAGGAAGCGGGGUUUCCCACUCCCCUGACCCGCAGGGCUCGUCUCCUUUCACAGGCUACAGUGCCUCUUCCUCUCCCCUCCCAACACUCACCCCCCAGCCACAAGACACGUCUACUUCAUCCUUGCCCCGAGAACAAGAAGCAGAGGAGGAGACGCUUAACCUGGAGGGCCUGGUGGCUCACCGCAUCGCCGGGGUUCGGUCCAGAGGAAUGACCCCGGAAGUGACGCAGGAGACGGGUCGACGUCGGACAACCAGCGAGGGACAGUACCAGAGCAGCCAUGACAACAUGAUGGUGGAUUCACCGGACUUCGCCCGCAAUCUGGCCAUCAACCCGGGGGGACGACCCAGAGAGGGUCCCAUGCACAGCUACCGGGAGGCGUUCGAGGACGACGAGGCGGACGGGUUCGACAACAGUCCCGCCUUUGGAGGCGGUGGUGAGAAUUCCCCCCCGACCCCCAGCUUCCCCGUGUCGCCACAGACUCCUUACUUCAACAUGUCUCGCUCUCCUCCGGGUUUGACCAAGACUCCUCUGUCAGCUCUGGGACUGAAGCCUCACCACCAGGGAGGAUCAGAUAAUCGCAGUUUUGGGGACUGCAGAGCACAACCGUUCAACGCUCCUUUCUCCUCCAGCAGUCCCGUCCACAGCGCUGACGGAAGGAGGAUUGGUUCUUCGCCUCACAGUCCCGUCCCCUCCUACCCGUACAGACCCACCUCCCCCGAGGGCUCCCAGGUCAACAUCAUGGGCGUCCACACCGUCCCCGGCAGCCCCAACACCCUCCACCGCACCGUGGCCACCAACACGCCGCCGAGCCCCGCCCUGCAGAGACGCCUGGGUCAAGCCAGCCCCUUACUGGCCAGACACCCUCCUCCAGCCGGCUUCCCAUCCAGCCCUCUGAUUGGCCGCAGCCCUAAAACGGCAGCCGGCGUGCCCCCCAGCCCCCAGAUGGGGCGCCGCGCGGCGGCAGCGGGCGGCCACGGCACGCCCGACGAGCUGGGGGCUGCUUCCCGUCAGGGGAGCGCCCAACCGCCCUCCACGCCGGCCUUCCCCGUCUCCCCACAGCUGCCGGAGAAGAGGCACAUGUCCAGCGGCGACGCGGAGAGGACGGACAACAAGAACCUGACGCCGGCCAGCGGCGGCAGCACACCGAACCUCUCCGGCACGCACACGCUCCCGGACGUCUCGAAGUCCAUAUACGAUGGCUAUCCGGACAUUAAGAUGAAUGUCAAGUUCGUCCAGGACACCUCCAAGUUCUGGUACAAGCCAGACAUCACCAGAGAGCAGGCCAUCAACGUGUUGAAGGACAGGGAGCCGGGGGCGUUCAUCAUCAGGGACAGCCACUCCUUCAGAGGAGCCUACGGUCUGGCCAUGAAGGUGGCCUGCCCGCCACCGACCAUCCAACAGACCAAGAAAGUUGGUGACCUGACCAAUGAGCUGGUGAGGCACUUCCUGAUCGAGACGAGCCCCAAAGGCGUCCGUCUGAAGGGUUGUCCCAAUGAACCCUACUUUGGGUGUCUUUCCGCUCUGGUGUACCAACACUCGAUGACUCCGCUGGCUCUGCCCUGUAAGCUGAUGAUCCCCGCCAAAGACCCAAACGAAGAGGCGUUGGAGCUCGCCACACCUACUGAUCCAGUGGUUGAACUUCUGAAGCAGGGAGCAGUCCAGAAGGUUCCCGAGGACGCCCACGCGUGCAAUGUUCUCUACAUCAACUCCGUGGACAUGGAGUCCCUCACGGGGCCUCAGGCCGUUGCCAAGGCGAUCAGUCAGACGCUGGCGACCGACCCUCUGCCUGACGCGACCGCCGUGCACUUCAAAGUGUCCACGCAGGGCAUCACGCUCACCGACAGUCAGAGGAAACUUUUCUUCAGGCGACACUAUCCCAUCAACACGGUAACCUACUGCAACAUCGAUCCCCAGGACAGGAAAUGGGGCAAAGAAGGAGGCGGCUCAGUGAAGCUUUUCGGAUUCGUGGCGAGGAAACAAGGAAGCACAACAGACAAUGUCAGCCACCUGUUUGCCGAGCUGGACCCAGAUCAGCCCGCCUCCGCCAUCGUCAGCUUCGCGUCCAAAAUGAUGAAGCGGUGAAACCCCCCUCCCCCCUCGACGUCCGAAUGGCAAGCGGCCAUUUUGAAAUCUUCCUUCGUCAUCGGUGUGUCUUUUUCCGCCGGGGGCCCGAUGACGCCCUUCUCUCUCUCUCCUUGUUUCCUGUUGGUUUGUUCCCCUUCUCUCUCUCUCUCUCUCUCUUUUUCUCUCUGCCUUGCUGGUUUGUCUUGACUUUGGACAUUUUUGGAAGAGUCUCCACUUGAGGGAUUUGGAUCCAGAGUGGCUCGAGCGGAGGAAGUGUGGUGAACGUGACAAACAUGGAGGCCAUUGAAGGGAGGAAAUGUACGAACGGGGGAACCUGUACUAGAAGAAGCGCUAGUUAAAGACUAAAGGAACCGAGUUCAGUCGAGGAACGCGUAAGGACUCGUAAGUUUCAGGGUUUUCCGUUGUCGAUUUCUUUGAUUGAUUUACCAAAGGUAGUUGCAAUACAAGUGCAAGAAAGAUGUAGCUAUGAAGCCAUUAUGAUUUCCUCUUUUCAAAAGAUGAAGUGUUGAACAAAAAAAAAAAAAAAAAAGAAAAGAAAUACGCUUUCUUCUUGAACUCGUCUUCAGGAAAAAAGUUUGGCCUCGAUGGCUUUUAGCAAAACAGUAUCUGAAGACCUUAUGCAUGUUAGCUUGAUCUUUAAGCUUGGUUCUUCUACCUUCCACAAAAAAAAGAAAAAGAAAAUCAUUGUGAAAUCCUUUUUAGAGUGGUCUUUCUUCGGGGUCUGUUGUGUGUUGGAAAAGGGCUCCGCAGCGAAACUAAAGACUGAUCGAAACUGCGCAUAGCAAACCAGACUUUAAAAAAAAAAAAAAAAAGGUGUCGCCUCACCUCGUGUCAAUGCACACUCGCAUCACUUCGACGCCCCCCCCCCCCCCCCACACACACCUGGUCCGAGCCUGACAUGUCUCUCUCUCUCUCUCAAAACUCGCUUAUUGGAUUUCCCACUGAAGUCAGCAAGCUCCUCAUAGCAUGGCAGACGGUAGAGAGAGAGGAAGACUUGUUUGUCCACAAGAUGGCGCCGCUCCUUCAGGCUUGGACCCCCUUUCUCUCUGACUUUGCUCAUCACCAAACUGCUUGCAGUAGUGGAUCUGAAACACACUGGAAAUCACCAGGGACUGGCCCAACGACCUGGACCUAUGCACUGUUCUUUAUGCAUGUUGUUGUCCCAGAAUUGCACCCUCCCUCAUAGCUACAUUCAACAUCACUGAAAACAUUCUAUGCUGUGUGCUAAAAAUGACUUAAAAAACCUUUUAGACAAGUACACUGAGGCUGUACGACUUGUCAAAGACUGCAUGAAAUAGACAACAUUUUUUUGUGCUCUUCUCAAGAGUCUUGAAAAGAAGUAGACAACCCAUUGUUGAAGUGGUCACAUGAUGGCGAGAUGCUAUAUAUUUUUUACUUUUUCUUUUUAUGUUUAUGGUCCAUUUGAGCCAGGGUUACCUUUCACUGUAUCGAGGACGGUCCGGUCUUUUUUUGUUUGUUUUUUCCUUCCGCAGUGUCGUCAAAAUUUACAUUUAGAUACCUUUUUAGGUCAAAGAAGUAGAAGAAGAAGAAGAAGAAGAAGAAGAGGAAAAAAAAGGAGUUUCCACACUGUGCGCAAUAUGCCUGCUUGUUGAACACACGCUCAACCAUUCACAAUAAGCUAAGGAAAAUUGAUAUAAAUGUACAUAGAUAUACUACUUUGAAAGGUGACAUAGCGAAAAAGUAUUUAUUUUUGUUGCUUUGGUCCCUCAUGAUUACUCAUAUAUACAUAUAUUGUACAGUCUAGAAGAUUACCUAAUGGGUUGAGAAAAAAAAAAAGAUAUACUUAUUUUGGCUAAUGAUUUCAAAGUCCGACGGAUUUUGAAAUGUGUUUGAAUAUAUGGUGUACAUUACUUUGUACAUGUAUACAUUUGUUUUUUUUUCGGCUCGUCAUGUUUUUUUUCUUCUUUCAUUUUGUUUGUUUUUUUGCGUUCUCUCGGAACGAGGAAGGGCAUGAAUGAGGUAGAAGCGUCUGGAUUGCAUGGACAGAAGCAUUCGAGGGUGUUUCAGCAGCAGGAACACGCUCGCAGAAGCAAAUGCGUCGUAGCCGAUAGAUCAUGUCGAUUUUAGAUUAAAAAUAAAUAAAAAUAAAAAUGAAAAAAAAGGGAAGCACGAAAAAAAAAAAGUUCAGAAGCCACCCUCAAAUGCAAUAUGAAAACAGCUGUAUGCACCCAUGACAGUUCCAUUUUAUCAUUUUUUUUUUGCCAAAGAUUCAAACACUGCAUGUCGCUUUUUUUUACGUUCAACCGCUACUCCGAAUUUCUGCGUUUCACACUUUACACACUUUACACACUUUACACACCUCGCUCAGCUUCAGCAGCAGAUUUAAGAAGGCUCAGUGUGUGUGUGUGUGUGUAAUUGGUCAUGUACAACUAACACAACGGGGCCCUCGGGUUUACAUUAUUACAUUUUUUUAAUGGCCUUCUCAAUGCUCCAGAAAUUGGGCUGUUCGAGAGAGAACAGGUCCGCCCCCCCCCCCAGUUGGAAGUGUGCAAACAAAGCACUUAUACAGUCACAGUACCAAAAGAAGAAAUUCCACAUGUCACAGAUUUUAUUUAUUCUUAUUUAUUCUCUAUUCCCCCCCCGACAUGUUAUUAUCUCCUUUCAUUGUCGUCACAGCAGUUUUAGCGGUCCAUGCUAACGAAUGGAGGAAUGCAUGGUGGCACUUCAUUGAGAGCAAAGAGGUACAUUGCACUUAAAAUCGACUACUAACACGCUUUGUGCCAUUUUUAUAGUCAAUUUUUAAGAAGAAAAAAAAAAAAGAGAAGAAAGUUCUCUGGAUAAAAUUAAAUAUAAUCUAAAAAUUGCAUUUUACCUGUUGGCUUUGAGUCAAGAGUUACCUUGUUUCCGUGAAAAAGAAGAGAUUUGAUGGGACUUGUUGUGUGAAUGCGAUACUAUGAAUGUACAAAAGGGUCUCGGAUUUUUGUUUGCGCUUAUCAUUUACAUUAUAUUGUCAUGGCUUACCUGUUCCUAAGGAGGAAAAAAAAACAUUAAAGCAAUACAAAUCAGUUACA